AUGAAUCCACGUUUUGUUCUGCUGCCUUUUGCGAAACAGCAGGGCCAUUUUUUGAUUUUUACAAUCACUGACGCGCACCUUGUCACACAGGAUCUCCCGGUGACAUGCGUGACCUCCGGCGGAGGCUACCUGUGGCUCGGAGACGCAGACGGUUUUAUGCACUGCCUCGACUCCACCUUCUGUCUCUCCUCCUUCCGCGCCCACACCAGCGGACCGGUUCGACAUUGUCGUCAGGUGCCCGGAACUGAGCACCUCGUAGUGACAGUGGGCGCCUCCAGCGAGGACAGAGACGAGAGGGUGUGCGUUUGGAACACCAAGAAGUGGUCCCUCACCUCGAAGACCUCUCUUCCCGUCUGCUGUCGCAGUGUCAAGACGACAGUCGGUGCGCCUCAGCCCGGUGGUCGCAGUCUGGGUGAGGUGGUUUGUCUGGAGGUCGCAGCCACUCUUGACGUCGUCCUGCUCGGACACGCUGGCGGCGCAGUGCAGCUCAUCAAGGGUGACAUCACUUCUGACCGCCACUGUCGUCGACUGGUGUUGCAUGAAUUCGCCGUCCCAGUUACUGGUCUCCACUACGUGCCCGCGACCCCCUCAAAUCCAAAACGCCAAAAAGCCAAUCUGGAGGAGUUCUUGCGCGCCUCCAGUCGGCACAUCGUGGAACAACUCUCGCCCGAGACGUCUGUGAAGAGCGCAGACGUCGGAUCGGCCUCACCGGUUGUCGGUUCGCCCUCCUCCGGCCCUACCAGUCCCUACGUUUUUGCCUGCUCGGAGAGUCAGAUUGUCAGCAUCACGCUGGGCAAGAGGGAUGAACCUAUUCGGACGAACGUUUUGGACAGUUUUGGAUGUCGCGUCAACUGCUCGUGUCUGUUGACCGAUCCACAGAAGCCAGGCCAUCCAAAUCUAGUCAUGGCGCACAAGGAGGCACUUUACUUCUAUGAUGUCGACGGCAGAGGGCCGUGUAUUGCAAUCGAAGGCGACAAACGGGCGAUCUGCUCCUACAAGAAUUACCUCGUUUCUAUCAGGCUGAGCGGCGCUCAGAGACCGACUGACAGCCAACCAGGCUUCCCAGACCCCCAGUCCAGUGUGUCCCUUUUUGAGUUCAAAAAUAAGUUCAUCGGAGGCGACUUCGUUAUCCCAUGGGCGCACUCUAUAAUUGCUGAUUUGGGCAGCUUGUUUGUUCUUUGUUUGGAGGCAGACGCAGCACGUGGCACGAACUCGAUUGUCGAGCUUGUGGAGAAGGACACUCAGUCGAAAUUGGACAUUCUCUUCUCUAGAAAGAGCUUCAAUCUUGCUAUUGGCAUGGCUGAAUCGGACAAUCACAGCAAAGAGGAACUGGCUCACAUUCACAGGCGCUACGCCGAUCACCUCUUCAGCCAGAAGCAGUACGACAUGGCUGUGAAGGAGUACAUCCAAACUAUCGGCACCGUUGAAGCCUCCUACGUUGUGCUGCGGUUCCUCGAGAGCGGCCUGAUCAAUCAUCUGACGCGUUACUUGGAGGCCCUUCACUUGCCCGAGAACGUGGCCCGCGGGUGCCUCACUAAAGACCAUACCGCUCUCCUCCUCAACAGCUACGCCCGAUUGGAUGACAGCGAGCGGAUUGACGCCUUCCUACGGGUUAGUUUGCGUCAGGUGUUUUCGUGGUACCAGGGGGUGGGGGGUGACCGAUGGCUGUGUCUGUGUGUCAGGACAGGGUCGUGUACCGCAGCGGGGGAGGUGACAUUGGCGAACCAGCCCCACAUCGACUCCGACUUCUUCGCCUGCAUCAACGUCCUCCGACGCGCCGGCUAUCCCCAUCAGGCUCUGACCUUGGCUCGUCUCACCAGCAACACCGCUGACUGCAUCCAAAUCCUUGCGGAGGACUUGAAGGACGCUGAAGCUGUACUGGCUGAAAUCAAUGCUCUCCCUUUCGAACAGGCCCUUGAAGCUGUCUGUACUCACGGCACCUUCUUAAUGCAGACUGUGCCGGUGGAAACGGCCGAGAUUUUGGACAAACUUUGCUCAAAUCCCAAGGGCGGACGCAUAAGUGCGCAGCACUUUAUCAAAAUUUUCGUCAACAACCGCACCGGCCUGAUGAAAUUUCUCGAGCGGUACAUACAGAAGGUGCACUCCAUCGACGCUGCCGUCUUGAAUUCGGUCGAAACCCUGCUUGAAUUGGCCCUCUACGAGGCGGAUGCGAUCUCUGGUGACGCCGCCUGUGAGGACAAAGAGGCACAGGUCGCUCACCUCCACGGCCUCGUGAUGCGACUACUCAAGCACUCCAAGGUAACUCUCCAACGCCUGGUCAAAUUUUUGUCGCACCUUCUCAAAUACCUCGGAAACCAAGCAUGUAAUGUAGGCAAGGAAUGUAGGUUUUUGAAAUCUGUAGUGCAUCGUUCCCACGGGGUUUAG